AUGGCUUUCGCGUCCACGUCGUAUCAUCGCUCUCCUCCAUCGUCAUCAACCCGUAUUUCAUCUGCGGAUCGACGGCGGCAACAUCAUCGUCUUUGUUCUAAAAGUAAUACUCUUAAGACGUGCUCUGCCAUACGGCCGAACGAGAUUCAAAACAAUGGAAAGAUAGAAAUAAAAAAAGUCGAUUCAGAUGCAGAUAUUCGUGGCGCGGCGUGCGUCAGAGCGCUGUGUUUUUAUUCCUAUCCUAAAGACCGUUCGGAAUUUAGCAUCCGAGCGCACCGACUGACAAAAAUCGAAGCCGAGUUUGAGGCGAUAUCGAAUAAAAUAACAGGCAAAGACGUGUCGUACAAAAAUAACGAUGUUUUUUGCUAUGUUGCCGUAGAAGAACGCGUAAAAGGUGACAACAGAGUGCCAGAAGAUCCCGCGAUUGUCAUUCCGGGCGAAAAGAGCGCAAUCGUUUGCGGGACGUUGGAUUUGAACGUCGGCGUAAACUUGCCGGCGGAAGAGUUGGUUGGAAAAUUUCCCAUCGAAGGUAAUGCUCGAAAGAAACGAUGUUACAUGAGUAACGUUUGCGUGUUGGAGUCUCGUAGAAAUCUAGGUAUAGCAAGACAACUCAUAGAGCGCGCGAUUGAAGAUGCGAAGAACAUCAACGUGGAGGAGAUUUACGUGCACGUAGUAUCGGAAAAUAUCGCCGCGAAACGCCUCUACGAGAAAGCAGGAUUUGUCGUAGAAUCAGAGGAGUCGGCGAAAGAGGCUUUGACGAGAAUGCACGAACCGAGACAAAUUUUACGGUAUCGUGGAUGA